GUCUGAGGUCAGCUUCAGGAAGCGGGCGUGGAAGAACCUAUCGCAAAGAGGGCUUUAGGACCCCGCAGGGCACUGGGGUCGGGGAGGUCGGGAGCGCGCCCGUGGCUCGGAGCAGCGGCGGCGUCGGUGGUGUCGGGAGCGAGCGGGCCCGGGAGCGGCGCGGGUGGUGGAGGAGGAGCCGGGGGCUCGAUUCUCUAACCAUGGCACAGGUAGAAAAACGGGGCGGUUUGCUCAGGAAAUCUUCAGCCUCCAAAAAACCACUAAAGGAAAAAGUGGUGCUGAUGUAUGAUGAGAUCUUUAUGACAGAGGACCCCAGUAAGUGUAGUCCUCGGUUUUGGGAAGAGCUUUUCCUUAUGAAGGUGAAUUUAGAGUACCUAGAAGGCAAAUUGGAAUCUCUUGAUGGUGAGGAGUUAAUGAAGAUCAAGGACAAUAUUAAUUGCUUAUUUCAACAUUGCAUCCAGGCUCUGGGAGAGGAACAUCCAAUUCGUGUUGUCAAUGCAUUGCAGACCUUGUGUGCACUUAUUCGAGGAGUCCAUCAAAAGAAUAAGUCUACCUCUGGGUUUGAUAUUAUCAACAUGCUGAUGGGCUUUGACAAGGCGGAGCUUUGCAUGAAGGGUCUCACUAAGUUGCUUAGGGCCUUGCUAAGUUGCUUUGAACUCACAAUCCUCCUGCCUCAGCUUCCUGAGUUGCUGGCAUUACAGAACUUGAUGGAGAGUUUGGAUUCACUGCUUUGUGCAGAAGGUUCUGAAAGUCUGAAGAGUUUAUGUCUGAAAUUACUACUUUGCUUAGUGACUGUGACAGACAACAUCAGCCAGAACACUAUCCUGGAGUAUGUAAUGAUCAACAGCAUAUUUGAAGCAAUUUUACAGAUACUCUCCCAUCCCCCAAGUCGUAGAGAGCAUGGGUAUGAUGCUGUUGUCCUCUUGGCUUUGCUGGUAAACUACAGAAAAUAUGAGUCUGUGAAUCCUUAUAUUGUGAAGCUGUCUAUUGUGGAUGACGAGGCCACACUCAAUGGAAUGGGGCUUGUAAUUGCUCAAGCUUUAUCUGAGUAUAAUAGACAGUAUAAAGACAAGGAAGAAGAACACCAGAGUGGCUUUUUCUCUGCUUUAACAAAUAUGGUGGGCAGCAUGUUCAUAGCAGAUGCCCAUGAGAAAAUCUCAGUACAAACCAAUGAGGCCAUUCUUCUGGCACUUUAUGAAGCUGUUCAUUUAAAUCGCAACUUCAUCACAGUAUUAGCUCAGAGUCAUCCAGAAAUGGGCUUGGUGACAACCCCUGUCAGUCCUGCCCCAACAACCCCAGUCACACCACUUGGGACCACGCCACCCUCCUCUGAUGUUAUAAGUUCUGUGGAACUCCCACUGGAUGCAGAUGUACAGACCAGUAAUCUGCUGAUAACCUUCCUAAAGUAUAGCUCAAUUGUCAUGCAGGACACCAAAGAUGAACACAGGCUUCACAGUGGCAAGCUCUGUCUGAUCAUCCUUACGUGUAUUGCAGAGGAUCAGUAUGCCAAUGCAUUUUUGCAUGAUGACAAUAUGAAUUUUCGAGUGAAUUUACACAGAAUGCCUAUGAGACACAGGAAGAAGGCAGCAGACAAGAACCUUCCCUGCCGUCCUUUAGUAUGCGCGGUACUAGACUUGAUGGUAGAGUUUAUUGUAACACACAUGAUGAAGGAGUUUCCUAUGGAUCUCUAUGUACGCUGCAUUCAGGUAGUACAUAAACUGCUUUGUUAUCAGAAGAAGUGUCGAGUUCGCCUUCAUUACACCUGGCGGGAACUCUGGUCAGCCUUGAUAAAUUUGCUGAAGUUCCUUAUGUCAAAUGAAACUGUACUUUUGGCCAAACACAACAUUUUUACAUUAGCCCUUAUGAUUGUGAACUUAUUUAAUAUGUUUAUCACAUAUGGCGACACAUUCCUACCAACCCCCAGCAGCUAUGAUGAACUUUACUAUGAGAUUAUCCGCAUGCAUCAGAGCUUUGACAACCUCUACUCCAUGGUCCUGAGACUUUCUACUAAUGCAGGCCAAUGGAAGGAAGCAGCUAGCAAGGUGACCCAUGCAUUGGUUAAUAUCAGAGCCAUCAUCAACCACUUUAACCCCAAAAUUGAGUCCUAUGCUGCUGUGAAUCACAUAUCCCAACUGUCAGAGGAGCAGGUGCUAGAGGUAGUACGAGCCAACUAUGACACACUCACACUGAAGCUGCAGGAUGGCCUGGACCAGUAUGAGCGCUACUCAGAGCAGCAUAAGGAAGCUGCCUUCUUCAAAGAGCUGGUUCGAUCCAUUAGCACCAAUGUCCGGAGGAACCUGGCCUUCCACACACUCAGCCAGGAGGUCCUGCUAAAGGAGUUCUCCACUAUCUCCUGAGGCCAUGCCCACCUGACGGCCACUGACUGCCCUUACUCAUGAGGCUCCUGAGCUGGAGGGGUGCAAGGGGAGAGGGGGCUGCCUCCAAGACUGGAGAGAAACAGAUACUGAGUUCUCCUGGUGAAGGCCACACUUCAGUGAAGCUUGGACAGCAGGGGCAAGCCAGGGAUGAUCUUAUUUGGGGAGGAAUGGGUGGGCAAAAGGAGAGACAUCCAAGAACAUGGGGACUUCUAGGUGGGUCCCCUGGACACCCCCUCACAUUUCCAAUUAACUUUACAAGUUGUGACUUCUGGCUGAUUUUCAGAAGCUGGUGGGGCAAGCCUCAGGAGAGGCCAGGACCCUGAAGGCCAAUGGCUUUUCUUGGCUUCUGAAAAUAGAUCAACUUUCAGACAUACCAGGAGCCAUAUCCUGUUCCCUUUAAGCUUGGAGCUGAGCUGGGUUUGACAUCUGUGUCCCUACCCUGCUAGGACUGUGUCCAGUCAUUAGGACCCUCAGGUCAGGCUUAGGAUAGGAUAGGAGUGGGGCACUUUUUUUUUUUUUUUUCCCAAUUCAAAGUUGAUUCCUCUAAGAAACUGGAGGCUGGAAUCAGUGCUCACUUUGUCUGGCCACCACUUUCUGGAUUUUAGUUUUGGCACCAGAAAUACCUGUUAGCUUUCCCUUGCCUUCCAGCCCAUUGACUCAUCAGCAUAAAAGGCUUACAACCUUAGCUUUGCAUUUUUAGUUUGGUUUAAACUGUCUUUAGGGUGUGCACAAAAUAAACAUUGACAGGUUUUCUGGAGCCCUUAAA